GCUUAUAACAGCGCAGAUACAAGUAUGAUGAAGAAGUUGCUAUUCUUCGUACUCUACAGUUAUAAUCCAACAGCUUACUACAAAGCACUACUAGAAGCAGAUGCAGAAGCUGCAGAUAAAAGGAUUAAGAAGAUUAAGAAAGUUCAGAAGAAACUUCAAUCAGAAUUACAAUUCGUUCAGAAACGAAUGAUACAAUAUGCAAACUCCAAAAGGAUUGAGGAACCAAUCCUACAGAAGAGAGAUAAGGUUUACCUACUU